AUGAUGACCAAUCCGGUCAUUGAUCUGGACAAACGAAUCAGGGACAAAUUCGCAGUGCACGCGGAACCCAUUCCAGAGAACGCCGAAUUCACGCAACCAGUUCAUGACCUCGCUUUGUCACUGAUGGCGGGGCUGAACGAUAGAUUUCGAGCAGUGGAACAGAGUGGUUCUCUCGCGCUGAACACAUUCUUAAACCCACGUUUCAAAAUGCAGGCAUUUUCAGAUGCAAAAAAGGCUACAAAACUAAGGAAAAGAGCUCCACAACUAGAAGCUGCUGCCAGCGAAAAACAACGUGAUCUGCUCUCAUCCUUUGAAGAUAUUGGUGUAAAUAUAAACCACUCGGAUAACGAAGCUUCAUCGAGUGAUUUUGAACUAGAUGAGGUUUCGACAAGAUCUGACCCCAGCGCCCCUCCAACUAUAAAGACGAGUACACCAACGAGAUGGCACAGCAUGCUUAUGAUGCUAACAAGCAUCAGCCACAAUGCAAAUCGCCGACCCAUUAGAGACAUGUUGAUUGAUAUAGGUCGUAGUGCUCUUUUACUAGAUGAGAAUGAGUACAAUUUAAUUACUAGCUUGACAUCGUUCUUUGAUAAAUUUAAGAAGACAGUAGAAUGCUUAAGCAAUGAAUCACAAACCACUAUUAAUUUAGCAUUGAUUUUUAAAUCAGAAAUUAGAAGGUUGCUAGAAGAAUACAACGACGAUGAACCUGUCAUAGUCACUAGACUAAAAAACAACAUGUUGCAACGUUUGGACCAUUGCUUUCCUGUUACAGACGAGACGAGAGAGUUGUGGCGGCUACUUUAUUGGAUUGUAGGUUUCAAUCAAUUAAGGAAAUCGACAUUUACAUGGAAAGUCAAGACACCUAUAAGUAAGGUUAUGAAGGUCACGCCGCCGACGCCGCCGCCGCCGACUUCUAAAAGUCGGCGCGCCGCAGCCAACAGAUUGAACAUCGGCGCUCAUAUCCAAUCCUGA